AUGGCACACCAAUCCCACAGCACCUUUGGGGGUCCACGGCAACACAACCCAACAGCACCUCUGGGGUCCACAGCCCACGGCACCUCUGGGGGCCCACAGCAUCUCUGGGGGUCCACAGCGCCCACGGCACCUCUGGGGGUCCACAGCACCCACGGCACCUCUGGGGGGUCCACAGCACCUACGGCACCUCUGGGGGUUCACAGCGCCCCAGACACCUCUGGGGGUCCACAGCGCCCACGGCACCUCUGGGGGUCCACAGCGCCCACAGCACCUCUGGGGGUCCACAGCGCCCACAGCACCUCUGGGGGUCCACAGCACCUACGGCACCUCUCGGGGUCCACAGCGCCCACGGCACCUCUGGGGGUCCACAGCGCCCACAGCACCUCUGGGGUCCACAACGCCCACUGCACCUCUGGGGGUCCACAACGCCCACGGCACCUCUGGGGGUCCACAACGCCCACGGCACCUCUGGGGGUCCACAACGCCCACGGCACCUCUGGGGGUCCACAACGCCCACGGCACCUCUGGGGGUCCACAACGCCCACAGCACCUCUGGGGGUCCACAGCGCCCACAGCACCUCUGGGGGUCCACAGCGCCCACGGCACCUCUGGGGGUCCACAGCGCCCACGGCACCUCUGGGGGUCCACAGCGCCCACGGCACCUCUGGGGGUCCACAGCGCCCACGGCACCUCUGGGGGUCCACAGCGCCCACGGCACCUCUGGGGGUCCACAGCGCCCACGGCACCUCUGUGGGUCCACAGCGCCCACGGCACCUCUGGGGGUCCACAGCGCCCACGGCACCUCUGGGGGACCACAGCGCCCACGGCACCUCUGGGGGACCACAGCGCCCACGGCACCUCUGGGGGUCCACAGCGCCCACGGCACCUCUGGGGGUCCACAGCGCCCACGGCACCUCUGGGGGUCCACAGCGCCCACGGCACCUCUGGGGGUCCACAGCGCCCACGGCACCUCUGGGGGUCCACAGCGCCCACGGCACCUCUGGGGGUCCACAGCGCCCACGGCACCUCUGGGGGUCCACAGCGCCCACGGCACCUCUGGGGGUCCACAGCGCCCACGGCACCUCUGGGGGUCCACAGCGCCCACAGCACCUUUGGGGUCCACGGCAAGCAAGUGCAAAGCUGCCCUCCGCAACACGACGGAGGAGGGCAGGAGUGGCCCCACACCACCUCCAGGCUGCCCUCCGCAACAAGACGGAGGAGGGCAGGAGUGGCCCCACACCACCUCCAGGCUGCCCUCCGCAACAAGACGGAGGAGGGCAGGAGUGGCCCCACACCACCUCCAGGCUGCCCUCCGCAACAAGACGGAGGAGGGCAGGAGUGGCCCCCACACCACCUCCAGGCUGCCCUCCGCAACAAGACGGAGGAGGGCAGGAGUGGCCCCCACACCACCUCCAGGCUGCCCUCCGCAACAAGACGGAGGAGGGCAGGAGUGGCCCCACACCACCUCCAGGCUGCCCUCCGCAACAAGACGGAGGAGGGCAGGAGUGGCCCCCACACCACCUCCAGGCUGCCCUCCGCAACAAGACGGAGGAGGGCAGGAGUGGCCCCACACCACCUCCAGGCUGCCCUCCGCAACAAGACGGAGGAGGGCAGGAGUGGACGGAGGAGGGCCCCCACACCACCUCCAGGCUGCCCUCCGCAACAAGACGGAGGAGGGCAGGAGUGGCCCCCCCCACACCACCUGGCCCCACACCACCUCCAGGCUGCCCUCCGCAACAAGACGGAGGAGGGCAGGAGUGGCCCCCACACCACCUCCAGGCUGCCCUCCGCAACAAGACGGAGGAGGGCAGGAGUGGCCCCCACACCACCUCCAGGCUGCCCUCCGCAACAAGACGGAGGAGGGCAGGAGUGGCCCCACACCACCUCCAGGCUGCCCUCCGCAACAAGACGGAGGAGGGCAGGAGUGGCCCCCACACCACCUCCAGGCUGCCCUCCGCAACAAGACGGAGGAGGGCAGGAGUGGCCCCCACACCACCUCCAGGCUGCCCUCCGCAACAAGACGGAGGAGGGCAGGAGUGGCCCCCACACCACCUCCAGGCUGCCCUCCGCAACAAGACGGAGGAGGGCAGGAGUGGCCCCCCCACACCACCUCCAGGCUGCCCUCCGCAACAAGACGGAGGAGGGCAGGAGUGGCCCCCCCCACCUCCAGGCUGCCCUCCGCAACCUCCAGGCUGCCCUCCGCAACAAGACGGAGGAGGGCAGGAGUGGCCCCCACACCACCUCCAGGCUGCCCUCCGCAACAAGACGGAGGAGGGCAGGAGUGGCCCCCACACCACCUCCAGGCUGCCCUCCGCAACAAGACGGAGGAGGGCAGGAGUGGCCCCACACCACCUCCAGGCUGCCCUCCGCAACAAGACGGAGGAGGGCAGGAGUGGCCCCCACACCACCUCCAGGCUGCCCUCCGCAACAAGACGGAGGAGGGCAGGAGUGGCCCCCACACCACCUCCAGGCUGCCCUCCGCAACAAGACGGAGGAGGGCAGGAGUGGCCCCCACACCACCUCCAGGCUGCCCUCCGCAACAAGACGGAGGAGGGCAGGAGUGGCCCCCACACCACCUCCAGGCUGCCCUCCGCAACAAGACGGAGGAGGGCAGGAGUGGCCCCCACACCACCUCCAGGCUGCCCUCCGCAACAAGACGGAGGAGGGCAGGAGUGGCCCCCACACCACCUCCAGGCUGCCCUCCGCAACAAGACGGAGGAGGGCAGGAGUGGCCCCCACACCACCUCCAGGCUGCCCUCCGCAACAAGACGGAGGAGGGCAGGAGUGGCCCCCACACCACCUCCAGGCUGCCCUCCGCAACAAGACGGAGGAGGGCAGGAGUGGCCCCCACACCACCUCCAGGCUGCCCUCCGCAACAAGACGGAGGAGGGCAGGAGUGGCCCCCACACCACCUCCAGGCUGCCCUCCGCAACAAGACGGAGGAGGGCAGGAGUGGCCCCCACACCACCUCCAGGCUGCCCUCCGCAACAAGACGGAGGAGGGCAGGAGUGGCCCCCACACCACCUCCAGGCUGCCCUCCGCAACAAGACGGAGGAGGGCAGGAGUGGCCCCCACACCACCUCCAGGCUGCCCUCCGCAACAAGACGGAGGAGGGCAGGAGUGGCCCCCACACCACCUCCAGGCUGCCCUCCGCAACAAGACGGAGGAGGGCAGGAGUGGCCCCCACACCACCUCCAGGCUGCCCUCCGCAACAAGACGGAGGAGGGCAGGAGUGGCCCCCACACCACCUCCAGGCUGCCCUCCGCAACAAGACGGAGGAGGGCAGGAGUGGCCCCCACACCACCUCCAGGCUGCCCUCCGCAACAAGACGGAGGAGGGCAGGAGUGGCCCCCACACCACCUCCAGGCUGCCCUCCGCAACAAGACGGAGGAGGGCAGGAGGAGUGGCCCCCACACCACCUCCAGGCUGCCCUCCGCAACAAGACGGAGGAGGGCAGGAGUGGCCCCACACCACCUCCAGGCUGCCCUCCGCAACAAGACGGAGGAGGGCAGGAGUGGCCCCACACCACCUCCGGGCUGCCCUCCGCAACAAGACGGAGGAGGGCAGGAGUGGCAGUUUACCAAACACUCGCCAAAGUUCCCCCCGCGAAAGAUCACUUAUCGUCUUCAGGUUUUUUGA